AAAUAAUAUGGCACGAAAUAUAUUACGGUGCUAUAAUCAUAUACUCGAGUGGCCUUUUACGUUAUAUAAAAAUGACCGUUCUAAGAAUAUGAUAUAGUUUAUUUAAUUACAUUAAUAUAUGACAAUUAAAAAAAAACAGCAACAAUAAAAUAGUUCUUCCGACUAAUUAUAUUGGUACAUUUUGGCCUGAGCUCACUGAUGCAUAAUUAAUUUGACCUCGACUCACUUUUAAGUGUUUUGUUACGAUGCUGUUUAUACACUUGACUUAAAACGCUCAAUACAUAACAAAUGAUUACAGAUAACUUCCUAACAACCUGCUAAAUAAAGAAUGUAAUAUUGCCUACAAUGAAGGGUGUGAGUUAGUGUUUGACGACUCUAACAACCAUUGUAGUCCAGCGGCAUCAAAUGACUUCAAACUAUUUAAACCACAAGCUUGUUUCACUCAUAAAUCGAAAACCCCCGAAGAAACAAAUGGUGAGUUAAUGUUGGCCUUCAAAUAAUGGCGUAAUGACAAGAUGAAGCAUUCAGUCUAGUGUGAGUGUAAGUUUUUCUUUUUAGUUAUUUUGAGUAAAAAAAAUUAAGGGGAACAUUUUUUUUUUUUAAUUUUUGAACUGAUUAAAGUACCAGCAUGGACCACUAGAUGUUCCCCAAACCUGAAUUUAAGAAAGCAAGCAUUCAAGAGGGGCGGUUUAAAGGCCAUUAUAUCCAGCAGAUGGCGACAUUGUAUAGCCGUGACAUGAUGUGUAUAUUUCAACAAGUACUCUGUUUCACUAAGCUAUCAAGAACUUGUUAAAGUUCAGCAAAUAUCCUAACCAACCUCCCCAAUACCACCAUUUCCUUUCAUAUAUUGGAAAAAGCAGAAAAAAAUUAAUUCAUGUGAUGCACGCUGCCUUUAUUCCCAUAGCCUUUCCACCCCACAUCCUCCACACAACAAAAGCAUUGUAUUUCAGCGUCAUUACAUCAUAUUAAAAACACUACACACCAUUAAACUAAACUUGCAUGCUUCGCUUGACUUGUUUACGUCUCCUCUAUUUUGGUCUAGUGUGAUUCCUCUGGUACCUGGAGGAGCCCACCUUUGAUCCAGAAUAGCUGUGCUAAUAUAUAAAUGUGUUUGAACAGCGGAUAUGUGUUCAAGUCUGUGGUGUAUAAAUAUAUACAGAGAAAACUCACAGGUUAUUCCUUCCUCGGGGUACUAAUGUGGUUGGAUGUGUUACUUUCUCUCUAAACAUCGUUUUAUUCAUAAACAUGCCAAUGGAGAACGAUGGUGGUCCCCAAGGGGUUAUUUCACAGUAUUAGGAUUCAGUAAAAAGCACCAACAUCUGUGUUUAAGUAUCUGGCCUAAACGGAUGGAAACAAACUCUGUGCUACUGGAAGAAUAAAGGCAUAGUCUUCACUGUCGCACAAAAGACAUUGCACAGACAAGAUGUUAAUGUAAUGUCAAUGGACUCUUCUAAAUAACUCAAUGCAUGACAGAAGAGAAAAUAAAGACGUUUUGGACUGCGCUAUUUGUGGAAUGGGCCUUGGGAUUGGAGGCUCGGAGCCAUUUGGCUUGACUUGCUUUGAAGAUGGUUUUGUGGAGGGUUAAACCCGUACUCCUCCCUCUCUCUGAUGCCCGUCGCUCUUUCAUUCUGCCCAGGAAAGGCUGUACGUCACUGUGGGUGCACAUAUAAAAUAGUCUUUGGUUGUAUCUCGCCAUCUGCACUCUGCUUCUGUAGCACUGGACUGUAAUUCAUGUCAGUGAUGAGAGCAUUUUUAGCUCUUGUCCUGUAACGUGUUGGUUGCGACGUGUUGGUGUUUAAACCAGUGGAUCCCCAGGAUUUACGUCGCUGGCAUUUUUAAGUGCUGCUUGGCUUCUUGUUGCCAAACCAUGUGGACAUGGAUGUUUUCCUCACUGAUUGUUUGUGUUUUGUUGCCACACAUCAGUGGAUUCCAGCAAGAGGACACUCAAGCUGGUUGCAGCACAACUCCCAAUGACCUUGCGUUCAUCGUCGAUGGCUCCUCGAGCUUGGGUGUCCCUAAUUUUGAAACAGCCAAGCGUUGGCUCAUCAACAUCACCAGUGGCUUUGACGUGAGCACCAGGCACACUCAGGUAGCAGUUGUCCAGUACAGCGACACCCCUCGACUGGAGAUUCCUCUGGGAAAGCAUGAGAACAGCCAGGAACUCACUGAGGCCAUCUCCUCCAUCUCAUACCUGGGGGGCAACACACGGACCGGCCGCGCCAUCAAAUUCACCACAGACCACGUCUUCGGGAUGCCUAACCGCACACUUCAGUCUUCCAGAAACCGCAUUGCUGUGGUUCUCACCGAUGGGCGUUCGCAGGAUGACGUCGAGGAUGCUGCCAUGGAGGCCAGGGCACAGAAUAUUGUUCUGUUUGCAGUCGGUGUAGGAAAUGAGAUCACUAACACCGAGUUGGUGUCUGUGGCCAACAAGCCAUCUUCGACUUACGUGCUACACGUGGAGGAUUAUAAAUCCAUUGCCAGCAUAUGGGACCUGAUGGAGCAGAAACUGUGUGAGGAAUCGGUGUGUCCGACGCGGAUCCCCGGGACGGUGAAUGAUCAGAAGGGCUUUGAUUUAAUGAGCCUGAUGAAGAUCGAGCAGGUGGCUCAGAAGGUUCAGGGCUCUUUGAUAUCAGAGAGAGCGUCACAGCUCAGCCCUCGUAUGAAUAUCACUCACAACACCAGAGAGAUCUUUCCAGAAGGCCUUCCACCAGUUUUUGUGUUCGUGGCCACUCUGCGCUUGAAGAACCCAGCUCACUGGAUGAAGUUUGACCUGUUAAGAGUGUUAUCUCAGGACGGGGUUAAGCAGAUGGCGGUGACUGUGAACGGAGCAGACAAAUCAGUCACCUUCACCUGCACCAGCACUCUGAAGAAAGAGCAAAGCGUCAUAUUUAAUGACCGAGGCAUCAAGAGGCUCUUUGACACGGAUUGGCAUCAGCUGAAGUUCCUGGUGAAGCCCAAACGCAUCACUUGUUUCAUAGAUGGCACAUACGUGGAGGAGCAGCUUCUAGAUCCGGUUGUUCCCAUCUACAUUAACGGAAAGACUCAAGUCGCCAAGAAAAUUAAUAUUGAGACUACAGUACCUAUAAUGCUGCAGAAGUUACGGAUCUACUGUGACCCCCAGCAAAGCGAGCGUGAGACAGCAUGUGAAAUUUACUCAGUGGAUGAUGACAGGUGUCCUUCGGAUCGCUCUCCUGCUGUGGAAGGUUGCGAUUGUCCUAGUGGUAAACCUGGUCUGCCUGGUCUACCUGGGCCUAUGGGCUUCAGAGGUGAGAAAGGCAGAGAAGGGCCUCCUGGUCCUGAUGGUAAACCUGGGAAGCCAGGAGAAAAGGGAGCUUCUGGAGAGCUUGGUCGAGACGGACAAAAAGGUGAAGCAGGUGAACUGGGACAAAAGGGGGAGCGAGGGCUGGAAGGACCCAAAGGUGAAAUGGGACCACCAGGGCCACCAGGGCCUUCAGGACCAAUGGGCACUGGCUUUUCCAGAAUGGAUUUAGAUGACUUGGGAAUUCAAGGAAGUAAGGGAAUCCCAGGAGAACGAGGGGAAAUGGGACCACCUGGAAUACCUGGAAUGAAUGGUGAACCUGGGAAACCUGGUCUACCUGGACUUGCUGGUCCUAAGGUAAGACAGAUUUCAGACUGA